AUAAACGUGAUGAUUAAAUGUUUAAAGAACUGCCUUCCAAUCGGCAUUUAUAUAGUUUAGUUAGGCUAUAAUAUUUAAUAGUUUACAAAGUGACUUUAAUUAUUCACAAACUGCAUACAAAGUACAUUUCUGUGUUCAUAAAAUAUUCUUCUCUAUUACUGUCGCACAACGGGGUAAAAGUCACUUGUCAAUGUGUGUCCAUGAGAUACGCGUGUGUAAAUAAAGUUUCAUUAAAAGUAUAGUCAUCACGUUUCAGACGCAAACUCUUCUGCGACCCAAUCAGUGUUGAGUAGGCGUGUCGUGUAGUGGGUGGGGGUGUGUCGUGUAGUGUGUCUGCAGUUAGACCUACUUGCCGCUGUCCGCCACGUUGGUUCCUCUACGUGAGUCCUGCGCAGCACCAACGUUAUAUUUGUGAUGAGGCGGGAAAUGGCGUCCAUGGACAAGGUUUAUCUGUAAUUAGCCACUGAGCGUCAGGUACCGCUGACAGCGACAACCACGACCCGACCUCUAUCGGUGGGUCGUCACGGUCGCGGGCGUAAGCCGACAACGCUGCAGCAGGCUUUCAACGGCUUCCCGGAUCUUAGACUUUUCUAUGUGACAGUGGAGCAUGAUGAGGCUGAGAGUGCGUAAAGCUCCUCAGCAGCCAAAAAUUGGGCGCCAGACCCCCUCAUCCCCGGCCAAAAGGAAACACUGUAAAGUGGAGCCAUCCCCAGUGAGAGGUCGAGGAAAAAUGCAGAAGAACGAAACAGGCCUGCUCUCCACAAUAAAGAAAUUCAUACGUGGAAAUGCUGUCAAGGUGGAGCAGGAGAUUCCUGCCAAGAGGAGUCGUAUUGAAUGCAAUUCUGACAGCAACUUAAUUACUUCAACACCACAGACUAGAGGCCUUUCCAACAAAUCAGUCUCCAGGGUUUGCCAAAAAAGUCCAAAUAAAGACAUUAUGACCUGCAACAGUAAACCAAUUAAAUCAAACAGUAUGCUCGACACUCCUGGUGAGGCAGCAAGCAGCCCACCACGCACCACUCUACUUGGAACCAUCUUCUCUCCAGUCUUUAACUUUUUUUCACCAGCGACUAAAACUGCCACUCCUGGCUCAGACUCUCCUGGCCAGGCGGUGGAGGCAGAGGAAAUCAUGAAGCAGCUGGACAUCGAGCAAGCAGAAGAAAUGCCAAGCAGCACUCUCACAUCCACAGAGGAGAUCACUCCAUGUCACGCUGACCUGAUGUUGCCACCGAGGCUUCAGAUCACAUCCGAUACAUCCGUAGAAGAAGGAGAGAUUGUCACUGAAACUGACAUGCCCCCAUUAACAGCUCCUGGUUGUAUUCCAGAAGGCAGUUACCCACACAUGUUACCCUCAGUUCCUGCAGAAACCUCAUAUGAUGAGGACUGGGAAGUUUUUGAUCCGUAUUUCUUCAUUAAGCAUGUGCCUCCGCUGACAGAAGAGCAGUUGACGCGAAAACCAGCGCUACCUUUAAAGACUCGCAGCACGCCAGAGUUUUCUCUCGUCUUAGAUCUGGAUGAAACGCUGGUUCACUGCAGCUUGAACGAGUUAGAAGACGCAGCACUGACAUUUCCUGUGCUUUUUCAGGAUGUAAUAUACCAGGUGUAUGUUCGGUUGAGACCCUUUUUCCGGGAAUUUCUUGAGCGCAUGUCUCAAAAAUACGAGAUCAUUCUCUUCACGGCUUCAAAGAAAGUCUACGCCGACAAGUUGCUCAACAUCCUGGACCCAAGAAAACAGCUGGUCAGACACAGGCUAUUUCGUGAGCACUGUGUGUGUGUCCAAGGCAACUAUAUUAAAGACCUUAACAUCCUUGGACGUGACCUUUCCAAGACGAUAAUAAUCGACAACUCACCCCAAGCCUUUGCUUAUCAGCUUUCCAACGGGAUUCCUAUAGAGAGCUGGUUUGUGGAUAGAAAUGACAAUGAACUUCUAAAGCUUGUUCCUUUCCUCGAGAAGCUUGUGGAGCUGAAUGAAGAUGUUAGACCACACAUUCGAGAAAGGUAUCGUUUGCACGACCUUCUUCCUCCAGACUGAGGACUACGUGUUCGUCUGUCACUUCAAAUGCUCUCAAAAAUGGGGGGGGGGGUUAUAUCCUGAGAAGGAUAUAAUUUAAUGGGGAUUUGUUUGCAAAAAAAGAAAAUUGCCAAUUUUUAUUUCAUGAAAAAAAAGAAAGAGAAAUUCAUGUUUGAAUCAAAAAAGAGGAAAGUCCUCGAUGUUUUUAAACUAUUGCACUCGAACCCGCCUCAGAACAAACUGACCUGCUUCCCGCAGCAGGUUUUUUUCCUCUCGCUUCUCUUUAGUGUGACCUUGAAG